ACAUGCAGAUCAACAAUGGCUGAAGGAAUUUUUCUACAUCUUUUGAAAAAGAAAGGCAUUUCUCAUAAGUGGUUGGUUGACAGUGCUGGCUUAGUUGAUUGGCAUAAGGGGAAGCCACCCAAUGAAAGAACUAAAAAUGUACUAAAGAAAAAUGGUAUUACAGAGUAUGAUCAUGUUGCAAGGCAGGUUGUUGAGCAAGAUUUUAAAACAUUUGAAUAUGUUUUUGUUAUGGACCACUAUAACAUGGAAUAUGUCAAACAGUUUGUGCCUAAAAACAACACCGCUAAAAUAUCACUCCUGGGAAUCUAUGAUCCACAAAAACAACUAAUUAUACAUGAUCCUUACUGUUCCCAUAACCCUGAAGUUUUUGACCAUCUAUUUGAACAGUGUAUGAGAUGUUGCCAAGCAUUCUUGAACUCACUUAACUGAAGAAGCCUAUCAGUUUUGGCCCCACUUUGCCAUAGCUGACUACAUAUUUUACUUUAAAUGCUUUUGCACAGAAAUAUUGGGUGAUUGUCAGUAUAGUCAUCAGGAUGGAGCAGCAAAACUUUACUUCGUCUUUCAUUUGCUUAGUUUGCUGUUGUUAUAAUCGACCCAAAGAAGAAAGAGGAACCACAAACAGAAAUGUCUUUUUAUUCUCUGUUUUUAACUAAAACCAUUUGUAAUCAUUAGUAUUGACAUGACAUCUUAAUAAGUUUGAGAUUUGUCUGUGAUGCCUCGUCUAAAGCAACGUUCAAAAUACCCAAUGUGUCUGUUAUGAAAAACAUUUUAUAUUUAUAGAUGAAGCUAAUAUACCAUUAUCUGCUAGAAUUUUAUGUAGAGGGCUUUAAUUUAAUUUGUGAAAGAUUUAUUCUGUCUCCCAGCUCACUUCCUGGUUUCAUACGAAUGUCAGAAAAGGGGUCAUCCAUAAAUGACGAAACGCUUUUUUUUUGACGAUUUUUACC